AUGUCUAUACCUCAAGGGUAUAGACCUAAGGGGGAGUUGCCACCAAAUGUUGUCUGUAAACUGCAAAAAUCAUUGUAUGGACUGAAGCAAGCUUCAAGACAAUGGUUUGCCAAGUUUUCUAGUGCUUUGCAUGAUGAAGGAUUUCACCAUUCAGCUACUGAUCACUCCUUGUUCAUCAAACAUUUCAAUGGAAAUUUCAUAUUUCUAUUGGUUUAUGUUGAUGAUGUAAUUCUUGCUAGCAACAAUCUCGUGGAACUUGAAGCACUCAAAGCAAGAUUACAUACAAGAUUUCAGCUAAAAGACUUAGGAAAUUUGAGAUAUUUCCUAGGACUUGAGGUUGCUAGGUCUGAGAAAGGGAUUUUUGUUUCACAAAGACCUUAUGCACUUCAAUUGUUGGAAGACCUAGGUUAUCUAGGUUCCAAGCCAGUGAGUACACCAAUGGAAGCAAAUCUCAAACUUGGGCUUGAUGAGAAAGAGAAGUUGGCCGAUCCAACGUUAUAUAGAAGAAUAGUGGGAAAGCUACAAUAUUUGACCAUCACAAGGCCUGAUAUUUCCUACUCAGUAAACAAGCUAAGCCAGUUUUUGUGCACACCUAGAGUCACUCAUCUACAUGCAGCACAAAGAGUUCUUCAAUAUGUUAAAGGGACUCCUGGACAAGGAAUUUUCUUUGCUACCAAUUCUGAAGUGAAGUUACAUGCUUAUACUGAUUCAGAUUGGGCAGCUUGUCCAGAUACAAGAAGGUCAACAACUGGCUUUUGCAUUUUUGUUGGAACGUCCAUCAUCUCUUGGAAAAGCAAGAAACAACACACGGUCUCAAGGUCCUCUGCUGAGGCAGAAUACAGAGCCCUGGCCAAUACCACUUGUGAAGUGGUUUGGUUGCUUUCUAUCCUCAAAGAGCUACAGAUUGAACAUGUAGGACCUGCCUUACUCUAUUGUGAUAACAAGUCAGCCCAACAUAUUGCAGCAAAUCCAGUUUUUCACGAGAGAACAAAGCAUAUAGAGAUUGACUGUCAUCUAGUUCGAGAAAAGGUGCAACAAGGUGUGAUAAAGACAGUUCAUGUUUCCACAAGAGAUCAAGUGGCAGAUAUUCUAACUAAACCACUUUUUCCUAACCAAUUCAACAACUUUAAAGACAAGAUGGGAUUGAAGAACAUAUUUGCUCCAUCUUGA